CCGGGAGCGAGAGAGCUGGGCUCGGGGAAGAAGCCGGGAGCGUCCCUGAUGGUGCCGCCGCCUCCUCCGAGCCGGGGAGGAGCGUCCAGGGCGCAGCUGGGCAGGAGCCUGGGUCCGCUGCUGCUGCUCCUGACGCUGGGACACACGUGGACUUACCGAGAGGAGCUCGAGGACAAGGACAGAGAAGUGUGCUCGGAAAACAAGAUCGCCACCACCAAGUAUCCGUGUCUGAAAUCUUCGGGCGAGCUCACCACGUGCUUCAGGAAAAAAUGCUGCAAAGGGUAUAAAUUCGUUCUUGGACAAUGUAUUCCAGAAGAUUACGACAUUUGUGCCCAGGCUCCCUGUGAACAGCAGUGCACGGACAACUUCGGCCGGGUGCUGUGUACGUGUUACCCGGGGUACAGAUACGACCGGGAGAGACACCGGAAGCGAGAGAAGCCAUACUGCCUGGAUAUCGACGAGUGCGCCGCCGGCAACACGACGCUGUGCGCGCACACCUGCGUCAACACCGCGGGCAGCUACCGCUGCGAGUGCCGCGGGGGCUUCGUGCUGGGGGCCGACGGGAGGACCUGCGCCCGGGGAGACGGGCGCCCCAGCGACGCGGGGCACGAGGAGAGGUCGGAGGGCGCGGGGAAAGCGGAGGCGUGCUGCGCCACGUGCAGGGAGCUCCAGCAGAUGAAGCAGACGGUGCUGCAGCUAAAGCAGGAGAUCGCCCUGCUUCCCAACAGUGCUGCAGAGCUGGGCAAGUAUGCCAAUGGCGACAAGGCCUUGGCCUCAAACACCUACCUUCCAGGCCCUCCUGGCCUGCCUGGGGGGCAGGGCCCACCCGGCUCACCAGGACCCAAGGGUAGCCCAGGUUUCCCUGGUAUGCCAGGCCCUCCUGGACAGCCUGGUCCACGAGGCUCAAUGGGGCCCAUGGGACCAUCUCCUGACCUGUCCCACAUUAAGCAAGGCCGGAGGGGCCCUGUGGGCCCGCCAGGGGCACCCGGCAGACACGGCUCUAAGGGGGAGAGAGGAGCACCUGGGCCCAGAGGGUCUCCAGGUCCCCCGGGUUCCUUCGACUUCCUGCUCCUCAUGCUGGCUGACAUCCGCAACGACAUCACCGAACUGCAGGAAAAGGUGUUCGGGCACCAGACUCACUCUUCAACGGAGGAAUUCCCUCUACCUCAGGAAUUUUCCAGCUACCCAGACAGCAUGGACUUGGGCUCUGGAGAUGAGUACCCACAGAGAACUGAGGCAAGAGACAUGGGGGAACCCAGAAACUUGUAUCCAUAGUGCACCCCACAUCAUCACAGCAAUGCAAGAGAAGCAAGCCUUCACCUACAGUUACAUCUGGAGGAGGGAGGAGAUCCACUGGGGACCCAAGGGAUACAUUUUUCUUAUCUUUACUCUUUUUCUGCCUUUUCCAUGUGUUUCUGACAAAUCCUGAUUUCCAAGUACCCCACUAUACCUGCUAGAGACAGGUGGGGUGUGUGAUGGAUUGGCAUACCGUUCAUGGAGAGUUUUGGAAGGUUUACGUCGGCAUUUUUCUGUAAUGUCCUGUUGUUUCAGAAGCAUCUGGGUUUCUGAGUUAAGUACUCCUAAAACUUCUCAAAAUUGGGUAAAAUACCAAAACAGGAACAGUGGCAAGGUAGCUCUCAGAAAAUGUGAGGCUACUUCUGAGGAAGAAAAAAAAAAAGCAUUCGUGUUCUAAAUAGACUGUUCAUCUUCUAUCAAAACUAAGGUUGCGGUGGGAAGGAUGACCUUGUAGAGUGACCUUGGCACAUAAUUCUUUUUCUUUAUCUCCCUCAUAGAUUUCAAAUAUUCUUUUACCCACCUUGCCUCCUCUAUUUAGUUAUAGAAAGGAAAAAACUAAGGGGCUCAGACUGGGGGAUAUAAAGAAAAAUUAGCCCUAUAUUUCCUGUCAUAAAAGUUGCUGCAAAUUAUAGUUCAAAUGCAACAAUCCACAAAUCAGACCAACCUGGUUAAGAACCUACUUGGGGGCUGGAGAGAUGGCUCAGUGAGUAAAGCACUCACCGUGCAAGCGUGAGUCCCUGAGUUUGGAUCCCCAGAACCCACGUAAAAGUGAGGCACUGUUGUGUAAACAUUUGCAAGCCCAGUGUACCCCAGCAAGAUGGAAGGCGGAGACAGAGACAGAAGAAUCUCCCCUAUGCUCAGGGCCAGCUAAGCUGGUGAAUGCUGCGGAGAACAACUAGAGACCCUGACUUAAACAAGGUGGAGGGUGAGGAGCGACACCCAAAGUUGUCCUCUAAACAUCACCACACACACACACACACACACACACACACACACUCACACACGGGCAUGCACGUGCCAUACUCACACACAUGAAUGCACACACAUAUACCUGAACACCAAAAAAGGAAUAAAAGAAAGACAGGAAGGAGGACAGAAGGGAAGGAAGGAUAGAAGGAAGGCAUGGUCCUGCUUGACAAAGAACGGUUCUUUGUCUACAGCACUACACCUUCCUUUCCAAGGCCAGGAAGGGAUGAAACACCCUAGUGCACAUUUCAACACAGGGCUUCUGGUCACGGGGAGAUGUGAAAGUUGCUUGGUAAAGGGAGUGGUCCUAUCCCAUAAACCACAGAGUAUUUGUUUAAUAAGAUGACUAACCUUCAGGAAGGGAUGUUAAAUCCCUGGUGCCAACCAGGUGGCCAGAGGUGAGGUUAGGCUAUGAUCCAGGUGGCCCCGAUGCAUGAUAAGCCUUGAGGCCAUAAGGGGGCAGCAGAGGAAUAUUGGGCAGAGACCUCCCCGCCCAAAGGCAGGUAAAUUUGUUCUCUUGUCUUUUGAAGUACAUGUGUUGAGCCAGCCGAACUCACUGGCACACUGGGAAUCAUAUACAAUGGGUCUCUUGGAUAGGGAAGUGCGGAGAAAUGUCCUGGCUUGAUAGAUCGUCCCCUUCACUGUUCCAUUUUCUCAUUGAUUUUCCUUAAUCUAGUCCAAAUGCCACAUUUUGGGGGCGAAGGGCUCUCUUGAUUUUCUUGCCCUCAGCAAGGUGGGAAGGAGUGGAGAUCAGGACAAAUUUCUCAACUUCUCAUGGAGUCCUGUUUUCUCAGAGCACCUCUUGGUCCAGGAAAAAUGUAGAUGCCUGGCUAAGUAUGAGAAGCAAGCAUCCUUCCUAUUAUAUUGGGGGCCUCUUGCUUUCUGGGGAACAACUAGCAGGUUUUUUCCUUGGGCCUACAGCAUAGCAUCUUAUCUGCUCAGGUGAACUUCGCCCUCUCUAGAUCUGCACAAGACAUCUCACUCACAGGACCACCCACCUCAGAGGCUCCUGUUUCCCAUCCUGCCAUGUCCCCUUAUAUCUCUGAGAUGUUUCUGGUUGGUUUUGCCCAUCUUCUUCAAUUAACUCAACUAUUUACCUCUAUACCUCUCUACUGGGACAGCUCAUUAGAGUAAACCACUGCUGCUGGGUGUGCCUGACAGUUUUCAGCCUGCUUGCUAGCUGAUGCCAGUCCAUCCAUCCAUCCAUCUUUCCCCUUCCCUUCUCAUUCCUUUCUUCCUUCUCUUCCCUCCCUUCACUCUUUCCCCUUUCUUUUUUCUCCUUCUCUUCUUCCUUCCUUUUCUUCUUCC